GUCGCCGUCGCCCCUCCGACCUGUCAUCUUAAAGCUCCCCUCGCCGGCCGGCGAAGCCACCUGGCGUUACGACUUCGGCAGCUCGGCUAAGCAUCAUCCGAGAACCUGACAUAUGACAUCAAAGGCCAGCAAGGCGAUGAAUAUCAGCAGGUGGGGAUUAAAGUCUGGUGAUUCCAAAUCUGAAUCAGAAUUGCAGGUGUACAAGAAAGAGAAUGCAGCCCUGAAAAAAUCCUUGGAAGAUAUAAUUAAGGGCAAAAGCAAAAUGACACCUGAAGAAAGGAAGAAACUUCUGGAGAAAAUACUCACACUUGAAACUGAAAAUGAAAAAUAUAAUAAUAUCCUUGGAGAAAAAGAUCAAGAAAUCCAGGUCCUGAAAGACAAACUGCAGAAUAGAAACAAACAUGGUGAUGCUGCUACUCUACUUGAUCAACUGGAAGAGAAAACAAAGGAAGUGGCAAAAAAAGAUCAGCAACUUAAUUCACUCUCAGAAGAGAUGGAUUGGCUGAAAAAUCAGUUAUCUGCAAUUUCUGCAAAACAUGCAGACCUCAAAAAUGCAGCCAGUAAUGCCCUGACUUCCCAGGAAACAGUUUCAGCCUGCUCUGGAGUAAAUGUAAAUGAAGUUGAAAUCCUCCUGAAAGAUGCUUUGGAGAAAAACCAGCAGUGGCUAAUAUAUGACCAGCAGCGUGAGGCUUAUGUUCAGAGCCUUUUGGCAAAGAUCUUUGAAAUGGAGAAGCAGCUGGAAACAGUUAACCAACAGCAAGCAAAAGAAACCAAGAUAGAAGAAGACAAGGAAAGAUAUUAUGAAGAGUUACUGGCAGCUGCCAGAAAAGCUCUUGACACAGAAAGGCACACCAUAACCAAGUUGCAAUCUGACCUUAAUGGAUUCAAAAGGAAGUAUGAUGAAGCCAAGCAAGAGGUGAUGAAUUUAAAAGACCAGUUGAAACUACACAAACAGGUUGAUAUUCAGGCACUUCAAGAUGAAAAUCAGAUUAAAGGGCAGACACUACAGAGGCUUACACAUGAAAAUGAAGUUACCAAAGGAAAGCUGGAUGAUGAACGAAAGCGAUCGCAAGCUCUUGCAUCUCAAGUUGAACUGCUUCACAGAUCUUUGCUAAAACAGCAGGAAGAUCACGCAAGGAUAGCAGUUUUGGAACAGCAGAUCCAGGCAUGUACAUCUGACUUUGAGAAUGAAAAGCUUGAUCGCCAAAAUUUGCAACAUCAGUUGAAUAAACUUCUCAAAGAACUGCGCAAGGAAAGGAACCGAAUAACUGGUCUUGAACCCUCAAAACUUACAGAAUGUGGAGGAUGUACAGAAGCCUUCCACAAUUUCCAGUCUGCCUUUGAAGACAAGCUGAUAAUAGAAGACAAACAUUCUUCAGUAAAACGUACAAACCUUCUCGAUGAAAGUUUCCUGGAAUGCCCCAAAUGUAAAGCACAAUAUCCUACAAGCCAGCAUAGAGAGUUACUAGCCCAUAUUGAUUUCUGUGCAGAUUAAAUACAUGGUCAAAUCUCUAGGUAUAUCUUAAUGCACUCAAGUGUUUAACUAAACAUAGCAGCGCUUUUAAAACAACUCAGAUUCUAAAGGACACAAGUUCAUAUUUCAGCUAAAACUUAGUACUUCGAUUCAUGUUUGUAAAAAGGACCAGUCUUCGGUUCAUAAAGGGAGUAAGCAAUUUUGCUUGUUGGCUUGGUAUCUUGAAUGCUAAACUACUGAUGGUAUUUGCACUGUUGGAGCCAGCAGAAAU